GCAAUGGGACGCAAGGCAAGACACCGAUCCCGCACGGGCGACGGCGGCGCAGAGGUGCGUCUGCGUAAGAAGCAGCUGAGGGAGGCGCAGCAGUCCCAGAAGAAGGCAGAGCUCACGCUCUACGACGACCCGUCUAAUAACGACAGCGACAGCGAGCAGGUAGAGUCCGAGGAUGAUGAAUUGGCAGGAGAGGAAGUGCUGGAACUUGGUGGAGAGGAGGACGAUGACGAUGGAGAGGAGGACGAUAUGGAAGAUGAUGAUGACAUAUAUGACGCCGAUGGUGAGCGCAAGAAGGCAAUGCAGAUGGAAGGAAAAUGGGGCAAGAGCCGCAAGACCUUUUACUCGGCAGAUACGGCAGAGUACGAGCUUGAAUCGGACGAGGAGAUCGCUAAAGACGAAGAAGAAGCUGCUCUAGAGUUGCAACGCAAGCAGGCAGAAAUGAUGGACGACGAGGACUUUGGUAUCGAUGCGCCUGAAGCGGACGGAGAUGAGGACGAUGAAGAGGAAGAGGAGAACGAGAUGGCGCCGGUGGAUGACGAGGAGCUGAUCGAAGACCAAUUGGCUGAUAUUGCCACACUCGCUGACAACGGCGCUGGCGGUGCAGAGACCGUAGAACAGGUGCACAAGGACUUCUCCAAGAUGUCCAAGAAGGACAAACUGCAGAUCGUCAACCAGUCGGCCCCAGAACUCUUGGGCCUCGUGUCAGAAUUGGAAUCAACCACGAAGGAGCUGGAAGAAGUCGUGACUCCUGCUGUGCUCAAACUCCGACCUGUUCGUCGGAAAUCGCGUCAACUGCAGACGGGACUGCGCUAUUUGAUGACGCGCCAGAAUCUGCUUCUGAACUACUCGGCCAACAUCUCGUUCUACUUGCUGCUACGUGCAGAAGGCAAGAGCGUGGCAGAUCACCCAGUGUUGAUGCACUUGCUGUUGCUAAAGAAACAGCUAAACAAACUCCAGUCUCUGGACGAAAUACUGAACGAUCAAUUGCAGGAGCUGCUCACGAAGGAGCUGCCAGCCGAGCGAGAGCCCAAGACUGACGACGGACUCGAUAAGUUCUUCGCCAAGACGGAACGCAAGCGCAAGACAGACAGCAAGCAGAUAUCAGCCAAUAAGAAGCAGAAGAAAUCAACCGAGAUAUCGGCCGAGGAGAUGGCCGAAGCGGAGCGAUUCUACGAACAGACGGUAAAUGACCAGGCGGAGCUCAAGAAGGCCAAGAAGGAGCUUUACACGCACGAGAAUGCCACUCUGGCCUCGAACGAUGAGGACAGCGACGUGGAGGGCGGCAAGCGUGGUGCUUCGUACCAGAUCAUGAAGAACAAGGGCCUCAAGGCGCACAAGAGCAAGCUGAACCGCAACCCGCGUGUCAAGAAGCGUUUGCAGUACCGCAAGGCUGUUAUCAGAAGGAAGGGCCAAGUCCGCGAUGUGCGUGUGGGCGAGGCUGGCAAGUACGGAGGCGAAUCGACGGGCAUCAAGUCGAAUUUGUCCCGCAGUCGCAAGAUCCGCAACUAGCCUGGACGAAACUCUUGUGCACCGGUAGACAAAUACAUAGACCCCUUUGCAUCA